AUGGGUAACUUUGGGGUUGAUUCCCGAUUUUUUUGGACUUCUGGCCGCAACCUCAGUACAUAUGGCCGUGAAGAGGUAACGGCAUGGAAAGAGAACCGCGGGAAGAAGACAACAAGAAAAGGCUAG